AAAAACCCGGCAGUCUGUACAGUACAGCCCGCACCGCACGUUGCAAGCUCCCCUUUCUCGUCAGCCGUCACAACUGGGCAUGCUCAUUUAGUCAGGGCUGGGUUUUCCCCCCUCCCUUCUUGGUCGCAAGUAGCUUUCCUUCCCCCCCCCCCCUCUUUUUUCCCCUCUUCUGCACUACAACGGCUCCCCGGCUCCCGGCGGCUGGCCGGCCCUCCCUCCCUCCUUCCUUCCCUCUUCCCUUCCCUCCCUCUCUCUCCCCCCUUCCUUCCCUCCCUCCUUCCUUCCUUCCCUUCCCCUCCACUCCUCUGCCGGCACAGUGUCGCGUAAACCUGUUUGGUGAGGCGCCCGCCUGAAGGCGCAGGGUCGGACCGCACUCGCGGCUGCUGCGUUGGGGGGGCCCGAUUCUCACUCCUUGGCUCCCGGGAGCCCCCCUGCCCAGGGACAGACAUGUAUUCGGGAGCAGGACCCGCACUUACGGCUCCUCCAACACCACCCUCACCAAUGCAGGCAACAUAUACCUUUAAGCCUCCACCUAGACCAGACUUUGGGACUUCUGGGAGAACAAUCAAGCUGCAGGCUAAUUUCUUUGAAAUGGACAUUCCAAAAAUUGACAUCUAUCAUUAUGAAUUAGAUAUCAAGCCAGAGAAAUGCCCUAGAAGAGUUAACAGAGAAAUAGUGGAGCAUAUGGUCCAGCACUUUAAAACACAGAUCUUUGGGGAUCGUAAACCAGUAUUUGAUGGAAGAAAAAACCUCUAUACAGCAAUGCCUCUUCCCAUUGGGAGAGAUAAACAGGUGGAGUUGGAGGUCACAUUGCCUGGAGAAGGAAAAGACCGGAUAUUUAAGGUGGCCAUAAAAUGGAUGUCAUGUGUGAGUCUACAAGCUUUGCAUGAUGCGCUCUCCGGUCGCCUGCCUAGUGUCCCUUUUGAAACCAUUCAGGCAUUGGAUGUAGUGAUGAGACAUUUACCAUCCAUGAGGUAUACACCCGUGGGGCGAUCAUUUUUUACUGCAUCAGAGGGAUGCUCAAACCCUCUUGGUGGAGGAAGGGAAGUUUGGUUUGGAUUCCAUCAAUCAGUUCGACCCUCACUUUGGAAAAUGAUGUUGAACAUUGAUGUUUCAGCAACAGCCUUUUACAAGGCACAGCCAGUAAUUGAGUUUGUUUGUGAAGUUUUGGAUUUCAAAAGUAUUGAAGAGCAACAGAAACCUCUGACAGAUUCCCAAAGGGUAAAGUUUACCAAAGAAAUCAAAGGUCUAAAGGUUGAGAUAACACACUGUGGGCAAAUGAAGAGAAAGUACCGUGUGUGUAAUGUCACCAGACGACCAGCAAGUCACCAAACAUUCCCACUUCAGCAAGAGAGUGGCCAGACUGUUGAAUGUACGGUGGCACAGUAUUUUAAAGACAGACACAAAUUGGUUCUACGUUAUCCUCACCUUCCAUGUUUACAAGUUGGACAGGAGCAAAAGCAUACAUACCUUCCUCUUGAGGUAUGCAACAUAGUGGCAGGACAGAGAUGUAUAAAGAAACUGACUGACAAUCAAACCUCUACUAUGAUACGGGCAACUGCAAGAUCAGCACCUGAUCGGCAAGAAGAGAUCAGCAAAUUGAUGCGAAGUGCAAGUUUCAAUACAGACCCUUAUGUUCGUGAGUUUGGCAUAAUGGUUAAAGAUGAAAUGACAGAUGUCACUGGCCGGGUCUUGCAGCCACCAUCAAUCCUCUAUGGAGGCAGGAAUAAAGCAAUUGCUACACCUGUCCAGGGGGUUUGGGAUAUGAGGAAUAAACAGUUCCACACUGGAAUUGAAAUCAAGGUCUGGGCGAUUGCUUGCUUUGCACCUCAACGGCAGUGUACUGAAGUCCAUCUUAAAUCCUUCACAGAACAACUCAGAAAGAUUUCAAGAGAUGCAGGAAUGCCAAUCCAGGGUCAGCCAUGUUUCUGCAAAUAUGCCCAAGGAGCAGAUAGUGUUGAGCCUAUGUUUAGGCACUUAAAGAACACAUAUGCUGGACUGCAAUUAGUAGUGGUCAUUCUGCCUGGAAAAACUCCUGUCUAUGCGGAAGUGAAACGUGUUGGGGACACCGUGCUGGGCAUGGCCACACAGUGUGUUCAGAUGAAAAAUGUGCAGAGAACCACGCCACAGACUCUGUCAAAUCUUUGCUUAAAGAUCAAUGUCAAGCUAGGAGGAGUAAACAAUAUCUUACUUCCCCAAGGAAGGCCUCCAGUAUUUCAGCAGCCUGUCAUCUUUUUGGGUGCAGAUGUCACUCACCCCCCAGCAGGAGAUGGAAAAAAGCCUUCUAUUGCCGCAGUUGUAGGGAGCAUGGAUGCCCACCCCAAUCGUUAUUGUGCAACAGUGCGUGUUCAGCAGCAUCGGCAAGAAAUCAUCCAAGAUUUGGCUGCAAUGGUCCGAGAACUUCUUAUUCAAUUCUAUAAAUCAACACGCUUCAAACCAACUCGCAUCAUCUUCUAUAGGGAUGGUGUUUCUGAGGGUCAAUUUCAGCAGGUUCUUCAUCAUGAGCUGUUGGCCAUCCGAGAGGCAUGUAUUAAACUAGAAAAAGAUUACCAGCCUGGAAUUACAUUUAUUGUUGUUCAGAAAAGGCACCACACCAGGCUUUUCUGUACCGACAAAAAUGAACGGGUUGGAAAGAGUGGAAAUAUUCCAGCAGGGACAACAGUAGACACCAAAAUUACCCACCCAUCUGAAUUUGAUUUUUACCUGUGCAGCCAUGCUGGUAUUCAGGGAACAAGCAGGCCUUCACAUUAUCAUGUCCUUUGGGAUGACAAUCGUUUUUCUUCAGAUGAACUACAAAUUUUGACUUAUCAACUGUGUCAUACCUAUGUGCGCUGUACACGCUCUGUGUCCAUCCCUGCACCAGCCUACUAUGCGCACCUGGUGGCCUUCAGGGCCAGAUAUCAUUUGGUGGAUAAAGAACAUGACAGUGCUGAAGGAAGCCACACGUCUGGUCAGAGUAAUGGCAGAGAUCACCAAGCACUUGCGAAAGCAGUACAGGUUCAUCAGGACACGCUGCGUACCAUGUACUUUGCUUAACAUGUUUUAGUGUUUAGCGAUUUAGUACAGAGUUGGAUUCACAUGAGACCAGCUACACUCAGACCAACUGUUGCCCAGCCCUUCCAUGACAGCCAGCAAGGAGCAGGAUGCAUCUAGGUUCUUUUCCAUGUGCAAGAAAGAAAGCCGUCCCUGCAUUAAGACUUGGAUUUUGAGCUGCAGACCUGUAAAACUCCCCUCCCCCUGCCCUCAUCUUUCACUCCCAUCCCUGACACUGUUGGGAAUGUGGUUUGCCAAAAUCUAUAGGCUGCUUUUUCAGAAAACAGACCCAAGUUUCCUAAAAUUAAUUCAAGAGCUAUUAUCUCAGGGCUUUAAAAACAAACAAACAAAAAAAAAAAACCACACACAAA